AGGAAGGACUAGUAAUAGUAAGGACCAAUUUUGAAUUGAAUAAGGGAAACACAAGAAACCACCUUCAACAUACAUCAGCUUACACCUUCUAGCAGCAGAGCAACCAUGGGAGAAUUGGACUUAGCAUUUGUUCAAGAGCAAGAACACAGACCAAAACUAUCCAUCAUUGAAGCCGAAGGAAUUCCCGAAAUUGACCUCUCACCAAUAUUCCACCAUGAAGUUCAAGAUCAAUCUGCUAUUGAUAGCUUGGUGAAGAAGAUUGGAAGUGCAUGCAAGGAAUGGGGCUUCUUUCAAGUUACAAACCAUGAGGUCCCUUUGAGUAUUAGGCAAAGACUUGAUGAAGCUGCUAGAUUGUUCUUUGCUCAAAGUUUGGAGGAGAAAAUGAAGGUUGCCAGAGAUGAGAUCACACCAAUUGGUUAUUUUGAUAAAGAGCACACCAAGAAUGUAAGAAACUGGAUAGAAGUGUUUGAUUUUUUCGCCAGAGAUCCCACUUUGGUUCCUCUGAAUUGUGAUGAAAAUGAUGAUCAAGUUAUUCAAUGGUCUAAUCCGUCCCCUAAGUAUCCUCCAAAAUUCAGGAAUAUAAUUGAAGAGUAUAUUAAGGAGAUGGAAAAUUUGGCCUCUAAGUUGCUGGAGUUAAUAGCUUUGAGCUUAGGGCUUGAAGCAAUGAGGUUUGAAGAAUUCUUCAAGGAUACAACUAGCGUGUUUAGAAUCAAUCACUAUCCUCCAUGUCCUUCUCCUGAGCUAGCUCUUGGCAUGGGAAGACACAAGGAUGCUGGUGCCUUAACUAUUCUUGCCCAAGAUGAGGUUGCUGGUCUUGAAGUGAAGCAUCAAAUUUCACAAGAAUGGGUUCUUGUGAAACCCACCCCAAAUGCUUUCAUCAUCAACGUUGGUGAUCUCACUCAGGUUUGGAGCAAUGAUGAGUAUGAGAGUGUGGAACAUAGAGUUAUAGUCAACUUUGAGAAAGAAAGGUUUUCAAUUGCCUUCGGUGUUUUCCCAGCACACUACAUUGAAGUCAAGCCUUUGGAUGAACUCAUAAAUGACGAAAACCCUCCAAAAUAUAAACCUUUCAAUUGGGGCAAGUUUCUUAUCAAUAAAAAGAGCGACACUUUAAAAAAGAAAAAUGUGGAGAAUAUCCAAAUUCAUCACUUUAAGAUAGCUUAAAGUUGGUAUAAUAUGUUAUAGAAGGUUUUUUUUAAUCAAUUAUUAUGGAGUAUUUUUUUAUUACUAGAGUAAAAUAUUUAGCCUUCCCCAUUUUAUUACUAGAGUAAAGUAUUUCUUUAAUCUUCAUUUGUUUAAUUUUAACUUGUACGAUACUUUAUCUUGAAAUUUGGAAGGAACGAACAAUUUCAACUCCACUCUGUUCACGUUGAAGUGAGGCAAAUACCCUUCCAUUUCCUUUA